AUGCUGGCGGUUCGUCCAGUGGAGCACACGGACGUGACCGAGUGCGUCAAAAUUCGAAUUGACAGUCUGGGGUCCCUCGUCAUCGGACGGCUGCCUGAAUACCCCGGAUUUGCAGAAAAUCAGGAAGCCACAAUCCACAGAGACAUCGACGACAGCCCUCACAUACACCAUCUCAAGGUGGUAGAUCCCGAGAAUGAGCUUGAGAUCAUAGCCUACGCCAAAUGGGAGGUCUACAAGAAUGGGCGACCGGAUUUGUGGAAGCUCAGUCAACCCAUGGAGGAGUCCGCGAAGGCGGUUGACGGGUUCGGGCCCCUGAGGGAGGUUGCACAUAACUAUUUCUGUACUCGGAACGGAGAGAAGGGGAAGCAUCCGCACCUGCUCUUGGCCCUCCUUGUCACAGCACGCCAGCACAGGCAACGUGGUGCUGGCAGCAUUUUGGUCCGAUGGGGGAUCGAGCUGUCGGACAAGACAGGUCUGCCGUGCUAUGUGCAGGCUUCGGAACAAGGACGGCGCUUAUACCAACAGCACGGCUUUGAGGAAAUUGACACAGUUGAAUUCAAUUUGUCCGAAUAUGGACUGGAAGGGAUCGAAAAGAUGACAGAGAUGACCAGGACACCAUCGGCCAAAAUUGCUCCUGAGCACGGGGAUGGUGAACUACCUGGGUAG